CGAGAUGUCAUCAUCUUUUCCACUGUCCGGUCGAACCGUCAAGGAAGGAUUGGAUUCCUACGCGAUUGGAGACGAAUGAAUGUUGCACUUACUCGUGCCAAAGCAGGCUUGAUUGUUAUUGGCGAUCUAGAUACACUGCGAGAAGCCGACUUACACUGGGAUGCGUUUGGAAAGUGGGCAAGUUCUACAAGGUGUGUUGUGGAUGACUUCGAUUCUCCAGAAGACGAACCUAGCCUAUAG